UUCAACGGAUUCUCCGCAGUGCUGAAAGAGCAGAGUGAAGAACAGAAGGAGAAGGAGGAGGAGUGAAAGAGGGGGAGAAAAGAGAGGAGAAGAGGGGAGGUACGGGGAAACACGGAAAAAGAGACAGUGUGUGUGUGUGUGUGUGUGUGUGCGGCGCGAGCAGGAAAGAGGGAGGGAGAGAGAGAGAGAAAGAGAGAUAAGGGGAAAACUGCACAUUUGGUGCCAGGCUUCCCAGUGCGCACAGAUCUGUCGUCGGCUGCACCGUCCGACCAGCUCUCCGCUCUGCAGGAUGAGUUCGUUCAGUACGAGGGCUCUGACGUUGCUCUCGUCCAUCUUCGGGGCUUGCGGCUUGCUGUUGGUGGGCGUCGCCGUGUCAACAGACUACUGGUUGCUGAUGGAGGAGGGCAUCGUCCUGCAGCAGAACCAGACCACCGAGGUCAAGAUGGCUCUACACUCCGGCCUCUGGAGGGUCUGCUUCGUGGCCGGACCCGAGAAGGGCAGAUGUGUGGCGUCAGAGUAUUUCACCGAGCCAGAGAUAGAGAUCACGACAGAAAACACAGCCAACAUACUCAAAAUGGUCCGAACUGCCACUCCCUUCCCCAUGGUCUCCCUGCUCUUCGUCUUCACCGCCUUCGUCAUCAGCAACAUUGGACACAUCCGGCCGCAGCGCACCAUCCUCGCCUUUGUUUCUGGAAUAUUCUUCAUACUGUCAGGUCUCAGUCUGGUGGUCGGUCUGGUCUUGUAUAUCUCCAGUAUUAAUGACGAGGUGAUGAACCGACCCAGAGAGCCAGAGCAGUUCUUCCACUACCACUACGGCUGGUCCUUCGCCUUUGCCGCCUCCUCCUUCCUGCUCAAAGAGGGUGCAGGAGUUAUGUCCGUCUACCUCUUCAUGAAGCGUUAUGCUGAGGAGGAGCUGUACAGACCUCACCCCGCCCUCUACCGCCCCCGCAUGUCCGAAUGCAGCGAUUACAGCGGCCAGUUCCUCCACCCAGACUCCUGGCCUCCACCACAGCGAGGCCGCAGCCCCUCUGACGUCUCCUCCGACAUCUCCAUCCAGCUCAACCAGACUCCACCUUCCCAGACGCAACCCAAAGGGGGCAGCAGCUCCCAGCCGACGCCCUCUUCCUCUGGGCCUUCAUCGGCGGCCAGCUACCAGCUCCAGCCGGCCUCCUCUUCCUCCACCUCCUCCUCUUACCCACACCCCCUCCACAUGGCCGCCACCUCCACCCUACCCAGAGCAUCCCACGCCCACGGCCACCCUCAGCCCCACCCCCACCCCCACCCCCACCCGAGCGGGCCCCCGCCCCAGUCCCUGACCAUGGGUGUGCCACCCUCAGCCGUGCCUCCUCCUCGCUAUCACACGCACAUGCGAAUGAGCGCCUCGCCAUGCUAGGCUACAUACGCAGGGAAGGGGAGGGAAAACACAACUGGGUGGAUUAGAUUGGCUCUGUUACAGCUCUUACACACCUCAAGAAAAGACACACACACACACACACGCACACACACACACACACACACACUCACUCACACACACAUCCUGUAUCCUCGAGGUGUGGGGGAGGAGGGAUGCAGCAGAGUGGAUGAAGGAGGGAGGUUUAAGGAGAUCAAAAAGAGGAGAGAGGAGGAACGAAAAGAGGGGAGAGAGGCAGAUGGGCGGAGGGAUGACUCACCCGAGACCAAGAGAGACACUUAACAAACUUUGAACGCGCUGGGAGGGAACACGGGAGGGAUACGAUGAUUAGAAGCAACAAGACGUUUGUGGGGUUUCUGACGGGUACAUUCAUCAUCGGGGCUGUGACACACAGGCAACAGGGUGAAGCAGCACAGGAAACAGGAAGCUGAAUCAUUUCCAAAACUCUGUCCAUUCUCAAAAAGAACAACUAAGUGAAACCACGUAUCUGGCUAUAAAUGUAUUACCCUUUCAUCAAACGAGGACUAAAUAUACCUGCUUAGAAAAGACUUAGAUUUAGAUUUAGAUGUAAUUCCAUGGACAUGGUUGGGAAGGUUAAUUCAUUACAUCUUCAUUACUUCUGAUUACUCUCUAAAUAAGAGCAACCCCUAUAAAACACUGUUGUUACUAGGGCUUAAAUGUGAUAUGAGUUCUAAAGUAACAGAACACCAAACCUUUUUUAUUUAGAAUCACAGCACUGUACUGCACCAAUGAUAACAGCGACCCACAUCAGUACAGAUGUUAAAGGGGACAUAUCAUGCUCAUUUUCAGAUUCAUACUUGUAAUUUUGAUUUCUACUAAAACAUGUUUACAUACUUGAAUGUUCAAAAAACACAUUAUUUUUCUCAUACUGUCUGUCUG